GGUGAAUUGACGCAUACUUUCGAGGUUUUGGGUACAGCGAAGGAAGCCCAGCCCUGAAGAGGGCAUCUUUCUUGAAGGUCUCUGCCCCGAAACCACUUCAGCUAUAAAAGCAGCAUGGAUCUUUGGCACAAGCAACUUCUAUCAGCAUAAGGGUAGCGGCCUAAGAGGCCCCUGCCGAACCACAAUCUUGUGAUAUACAAUAUCUCUGGUUUGUCAUCCCCACCUGGGCUGCGUGCGACGAGGCAUCAGAGACACCAGUACCAUAAUUCGAGGAGCUUAAGGUAUACAGAGCAUGGCUGGACGCAGCAGGGUGCUUGUGAUCUUGGCUGCCGCUGUCCUAUCUGCGGCAGCUGUUCUUUCGGAAGGGGGCAAGGGGUUCUGGAUUGAGAAUGACAAGUUCAUCAGGGAUGGCAAGGCCGUGCAGCUCAUAUCUGGCAGCUUGCACUACUUUCGUAUCCAUCCCUAUCAUUGGGAAGACAGGCUAAUGCGGAUCAAGGCAAUGGGCAUGAACACUGUAGAGUUGUACAUUGCAUGGAAUUACCACGAGCUGAAUCCUGGGGAGUAUAAGUGGGACGGGCCGCAAGACGUGGAAAGAUUUAUCAAACUUGCUCAAAAGCACGAUUUGCUGGUUGCGCUGCGGCCUGGACCUUACAUCUGCGCCGAGUGGGAUUUCGGCGGUCUCCCUGCCUGGCUGGGCUCCUCAUCGGUGUCUGGCGGCGGUACUAUGAAGCUCCGUAGCAGUGACCCACUGUACUUGGCGCACGUCGACCGAUUCUGGAACGAACUGCUUCCUCGCAUGACGCCCCUGCUGUACUCCAAUGGUGGCCCCAUCGUGAUGGUUCAAGUGGAGAAUGAAUUUGGGUUCAUUGGACCAGACGAGACGUACAUACGGCACAUUACUAAGACCGCGAAGAACGCGCUCAGGGAUGACGUCAUCCUCUUUACUACGGAUCCCCCCGACAAGGCGGCGCGCGGAACCCUCAAGGGCAGUGAACUAUACACGGCGGUGGACUUUGGCGCGGGUUGGUGGUCGCCCAAAUCGGCGUUCGACGUUCAGAAGAGCCUCAACGCCGCUGGGCAGUCCCCACCCUUCUGCAGCGAGUUCUACACGGGUUGGUUGACGCGCUGGGGAGAAAAGAUGGCCAACACAGACUUCAACAAGUUCCUGCAAGAGCUGCUCAACAUCCUGCAGUACAACGACAACACCGGAUCAGUCAACCUCUACAUGGCGCACGGCGGCACCAACUUCGGCUGGACUGCCGGCGGCCAGGAGGACCGGCUGAAGGACGCGGACGGCAAGGACGUCAGUGACGUCGACUGGUUCAAGGGCAAGCUGGAGCCGUAUCUGGAUUACAAGCCCGUAAUCACGUCAUAUGACUACGACUCGCCCAUCAGCGAGGCCGGUGACUACAAUCAGCCCGGCAUCGGACCCCCGCCCGACGGCGCCCCCGCCAACAAGUUCCAGGCCAUCCGCGAACUAAUUGAGAAGCACAUCGGCUACGACCUGCCGGAGGCGCCGCCGCCGCCGCGCAUCGCGGCGUACGGUGAGGUGACCCUUAGUCAGCAGGGCACCUUGCUGAGUCAGCUCGGCAACCUUGUGACCGGCAUCGGUCUCUACUCCGAGACCCCUCUCCCCAUGGAGGAGUACAAUCAGUGGAACGGAAUGAUCCUGUACCGCACCACAGUGCCUGCCAUUGAGCUGCGGUCUGGAGCUACGUUGUACGUGGGCAGCAAAGUCCGUGACUCAGCAGUGAUCCUGGCGGGCGGCAGCUACGUGGGCAGCCUUGAACGUGACGGAGAUCUGGCCGUGGUUUUGAACGACAACGCGGACAAAGUCGCGCGUGCGAACGACGGCAAGGACGUGGAACUGGACAUACUCGUAAUGCAAAUUGGGCGCUCCAACUUCGGCAAUUCGUAUGACCUCAAGGGCCUCGUUUCUGGCAUUGUGCUUAUCAACAGGAAGCCGCUGAAGGGCUGGAGAGCGUUCCCCCUGCCGCUGACAUCCCUGGACGGCCUCGCGCUUCCGGACGUCACCGCCGCCCCCGGCCCCGCGCCGGGCUACUUCAGCGUCAAUGGCAGCCUGGCCACCGCCGACGGUGUCUUCCCCGACACAUACCUGAAUGUGGGCAAGUUCAACUGGGCCAAGGGCGUGGCCUUCAUCAAUGGCUUCAACUUGGGAUACUACUGGCCGGAGCUGGGCCCUCAGAACACCCUCUACGUGCCUGGACCGCUGCUGAAAGCAUGCAACAACGAGAUCAUUCUGCUGGAGGUUGGCAACAAGAUGAAGGCCGACCCCGCUGCCAAGGGUGCGCCGUCUACUCGUUCAGCUCCCUUGAAAUGUCCCUGA